AUGCUUGGAUCCCCCUUGAUAAAUUCUAAAUCUGCUUUUUCUAAUGGGUCAAAUUCCUCCACAUUGAUUCCUCUUGUCAUCUCACUCAUGCGCUCAUCCUCUGACAUAAAGACAUGCUGGACAGGUGAUUUGUUCCUUCAGUUUAAGGAGAUCAAGAGAAGACGAAAUAGACAUGCUGCAGAGAAGAAUGAAGGUAACCUCACUCCAGAAACGAAUAAAGGUAACCUCACUCAGUCGAUGUUAUUUUAUAUCUGCUGUAUAACCUCUUUUACUGAGCUGAGCCUGCAGGAAGGGUGGGGCUGGGUAGAGCUAAACUCACGUCAGGAUAUUUCCGUAUACUUUAACCACGUGCUACAACGUGGUUUAUCUUAUUCUCUAAUUAGUAUCCGCCAUUUAAACAUGAGCGAGACUCAGAGGGAGAAGAAAAGAAAAGAUUGGUGGCUGAAACAGAUGAAGAAAAGAAGCAAAGAGACUAAGAGUAAAACGAAGCAACCAACAGAAGAAGAGGAGAUAGUAGGAGAAGAGGCCGAAGAAGACACUGUAGAUAAAAAAAGAAGUAGAUAUAUUCUAUUUAUAGGAAAUUUACCAUAUUCGGUAUCAUCUGAUGAUAUUAUGCAUCACUUUCGAAAGAGAGGAGUACCCAUUCAACAGGUACGAUUGCUGACAGAGAGAGGGUCAGCGAAAUCUCGUGGGUGUGGUUUUCUUGAAUUUAAUAGUGUCAAGCAUCAACAGAAUGCUUUAAAGUUUCAUAAGUCAAAUCUUUCUGGGCGGAGCAUUAACCUAGAGGUGACGUGUGGGGGCGGAGGAAAAGGUGAGAAAAGGAUGAACAAGAUAAAAAAGCGCAACGAGAGAUUGUCAAAAAAUCGAUUAAAACAACAGCAACAAUGAAACUUAAUUAAAUGCUUGAAAUCAAAUAUCAUUAUCUAUUGUUUAAAAAAUCCAAAGACAUUUAGUUUAUGAAAAAAA